AUGCAGAUGAAUUCUGAAUAAACGAAAUAGUUGAAUGAGUGGAGAUUGAAAUAUGUAAAGUUGAAUCCAAUAUUACUUAUCUUUAUGGGAUUGGUAUUGAUUGCAUUUGGAAUUGUAUCAUAAACAGUUGACAUAGAUUAUGAAUAUAUAUCAACCAGAUAUGAUGAAAUUUGUGCUUCAAAGAAUUCAUGUUUUGUAAAUAAAAUCAAUAUUGAUGUGCCAUCUAAAAUGGAAUCUCCUGUAUUUUUUUCAUACGAAGUUUCCUCUUUCUUCUAAAACACCGACAAAUAUUUUAACAGCAUCCCCUAUGAUUAAUUGUAUGGAGACUCAGAUUUUGAUACUUCAAUCUGUGAUCAAUAUAAAACUAAUCAAGAAAUGGGGAAAACUUUGAGUGUUACUGGAAAAGCUCUAGCACAAGAUGACAUUGCUAUACCAUGUGGCAUAGCUGCAUAUUCAUAUAUGAAUGAUGAGUUUUCGUUGAAUAAAGAUGGGAAAUAAAUUUCAAUCACGGAUUAAGGUAUUUCAUGGGAAUCAGAUAGAGAAAAAUACACAAACAUAAACUUGGAUAAACAGUGGAUUGACAUGGAAUCAGAAAGAUUUAUAAAUUGGAUGAGACCAUCUCCGUUAAGUAGGUUUCGCAAAUUGUGGGGAAGAAUCGAUUAAGACUUGGAGCCAGGCAUAUAUACAGUUAACAUUCAGAUUAAAACCAAUGAUGCCUUUGCUGAAACUAAGAAGUAUGUACUUCUACACAAUAAUGGAUAAUUCUCAGAUCCUAUUUUAGUGAUAACACUACCGUGUCUCUGCGUUGGUCCAUUCUUGAUUAUUUUUGGGAUCAUAAAUUUGAUUUAUUGGGGGAAGAAAUAAAAUUUGGUCAAAAAAUACAGAAUUUAUUGA